AAGUGCGGCUCGUCGCCGGGAUGAUGGCGGCCGCGGCGACUCUCCAGUCCUCGAGCCCCGGCUCUUCCUCCGCGACAGCCACGGCCGCGGCUGUCGGGGAGGUGGAAGAUGAGGGACUCCUGGCGUCGCUCUUCCGGGAUCGCUUCCCCGAGGCGCAGUGGCGCGAGCGGCCCGACGUGGGCCGCUACCUGCGGGAGCUGAGCGGGUCGGGCCUGGAGCGGCUGCGGCGCGAGCCGGAGCGCCUGGCCGAGGAGCGGGCGCAGCUGCUGCAGCAGACGCGCGACCUGGCCUUCGCCAACUACAAGACCUUCAUUCGCGGCGCCGAGUGCACCGAGCGCAUCCACCGGCUGUUCGGCGACGUGGAGGCGUCGCUCGGCCGCCUGCUGGACCGCUUGCCCAGCUUUCAGCAGAGUUGCAGGAACUUCAUGAAGGAAGCUGAAGAGAUCAGCUCCAACCGCCGGAUGAACACCCUGACUCUAAACCGUCACACAGAAAUCCUGGAAAUUCUAGAGAUUCCCCAGCUCAUGGACACCUGUGUCCGGAACAGCUACUAUGAAGAGGCUCUGGAGCUUGCAGCCUAUGUGCGCCGGCUGGAAAGGAAGUACUCAUCCAUCCCUGUCAUCCAGGGCAUUGUGAAUGAGGUGCGGCAGUCCAUGCAGCUGAUGCUAAGCCAGCUGAUCCAGCAGCUGAGGACCAACAUUCAACUCCCAGCCUGCCUCCGUGUCAUUGGUUACCUUCGACGCAUGGAUGUCUUCACAGAAGCAGAGCUAAGGGUGAAGUUUCUCCAGGCCCGGGAUGCUUGGCUCCGCUCCAUCCUGACUGCCAUCCCUAAUGAUGAUCCCUAUUUCCAUAUCACAAAGACCAUCGAGGCCUGCCGUGUCCACCUCUUUGAUAUCAUCACCCAGUACCGUGCCAUCUUCUCAGACGAGGACCCCCUGUUGCCACCUGCCAUGGGAGAGUACACCGUCAAUGAGGGUGCCAUCUUCCAUGGUUGGGUGCUGCAGAAAGUUUCCCAGUUCCUGCAGGUGCUAGAGACUGACCUUUACCGCGGGAUAGGCAGCCGCCUGGACUCCCUGCUGGGCCAGUGCAUGUACUUUGGGCUGUCUUUCAGCCGAGUGGGGGCUGAUUUCAGGGGCCAGUUGGCUCCUAUUUUCCAGCAGGUGGCAAUCACUAGUUUCCAGAAGGCAAUUCAGGAAGCAGUGGAGAAAUUCCAGGAUGAGAUGAACUCUUACACCCUCAUCUCUGCUCCAGCCAUCCUGGGCAGCAGUAACGUGCCUGCUGCUGUGCCAGCUACUCAGCCAGGGACACUGCAGCCGCCAAUGGUGCUCUUGGACUUCCCACCCCUUGCCUGCUUUCUCAACAGUAUUUUGGUUGCCUUUAAUGAUCUGCGUCUCUGUUGCCCUGUGGCCCUGGCUCAUGAUGUGACCCGGGCCUUGGAGGAUGCCCUUGCCAAGGUAACCAAAAUAAUCCUGGCCUUCCAUCGAGCUGAAGAGGCUGCCUUCAGCACUGGGGAGCAAGAGCUCUUUGUCCAGUUCUGCACUGUUUUCCUGGAAGACCUGGUACCUUAUCUGAAUCGCUGCCUUCAAAUCCUUUUUCCGCCAGCUCAAAUAGCCCAGACUUUAGGCAUUGCCCCCUCUCAGCUCUCCAAGUAUGAAAACCUGGGGCAUGUGGACGUCAACAUCAUCCAGGAGCCUCUUGCUUUCAUUCUACCUAAGAGAGAGAUGCUGUCUCUAGAUGACCAGGAACUAGUGCCGGAUCUCACGGCCCCAACACCCGAGCUUCCGGAAGAGGAGCCGAGGCUGAACCCGAAAGGAGAGCCAGUGGUGUGGCCGGCAAGUGGAUGGACAGCCCGAAUCAUCCAGCACGAAAUGGACCACUUGCAGGGCUGUUUGUUCAUUGACAAAAUGGACCCCAAAACAUUUACCAACGUUCAUUGGAUGGAGGUGAAUGACUGAAGCUUUAAUGCUUGAGUUGAAAGUUGAAAAGCCAAGAUGCGGUUCCUUUGGUUUGAGCUGGGCACAUGUUACUUGGAAUUGGCUCGGAUCUGACAAAACAGUGGACCGCCAGUGAGCGUUUUAACUGAGUUGGAGCAAAACAGAAAUGUUUGCCCUAAAAUCAGGUUUGGACAAAAUACUAGUACAAUGUGGGAAAACUAUUCCCCUGGUGAAAGAGUGAAUAUUUCCUGACAGUUUUGUGUGGAAAUAAAUACGCCAAAUUUUACGGUA